UCUUUUUCGCUAUUCACCGCUCGGUUUAAAUCUGUCUUUUCCAGCAAGUUUUGAAUCUGUUUACAAAUCUUCCACGUGAUUGUUUUUUUUAACAAAAUGGGUGAUAUAGAAGCGAAAGUUCGUGAAAAUUUAUACCGGCUGAUUGUCAGCCAGCUGUUUUAUGAUGGUCAUCAAACAAUUGCAUCCAGCCUUGCUACGACUGUCCGAUGUUAUCCAGCCUGUCCACCCUCGGACCGUUUGAUGAAAUUAUUACAGAUUGGACUUAAAACUGAAGAAGCCCAGAACCCACAGCAGCAGGUUCCCACAGAAGCUGUCACACCUGGCACUGGUAUAGACCUGGAAUAUGAAACAGAUGUUCAGACCAUCUCUCCUGAAGCUGCUCUCUAUGAGACUUGUUAUGUCACCGCUCACAAGGCUGCAUGCCGUGCAGGUGCUUUCCACCAUUCUGGUCAACUGAUAGCCACAGGAUCAGAGGAUGCUUCCAUUAAGAUUUUGGAUGUGGAGAGGAUGCUGGCCAAAAGUGCUACACCUGCUGAGAUCAUUGCUAUGGAAACACCACAACAAACCAUGGAAAACCAUCCCGUGAUUCGAACACUCUACGACCAUAACUCUGAAGUGACGUCCCUUGACUUUCAUCCAUUCCAUCAGAUCCUCGUCUCUGGCAGCAAAGAUUUCAGUGUGAAAUUCUUUGAAUUUUCGAAACCCUCAGUGAAAAAAGCUUACAAGAGUAUCCAGGAAUCAGCCCCAGUUCGAUGUUUGUCAUUCCACCCGUCUGGAGAGUAUAUAUUGGUUGGAACACAACAUCCUGUGCUACGACUGUAUGAUGUCAAUACAUUCCAGUGUUUCGUCUCAGGCAAUCCAGCUGACCAACAUGUUGGACCAGUAACAUCGGUGAGAUGGAGUCCCAACGCUCACCUGUAUGUGACCAGUUCUAAAGAUGGGGACCUCAAACUGUGGGAUGGUGUCAGUAAUAAAUGCAUCAACACAUUCAAACAUGCCCAUGAGGGGCAGGAAGUCUGUUCGGCUGUGUUCUCCAGGAAUUCUAAGUAUAUCUUGUCAAGUGGUAAAGAUUCCUUGGUCCGGCUGUGGGAAUUGUCUACGAAUCGAUGCCUCAUCAUUUACACUGGAGCUGGUGCCACCGGUAAGAUGGAGCAUCGAAGUCAGACAGUUUUUAAUCACACAGAAGACUACGUGUUAUUCCCAGAUGAAAAAACAACCAGUUUGUGUUGUUGGGACUCGCGUAAUGCUGAGCGGCAACGCUUGUUAUCUCUAGGUCACAACAAUGUUGUACGAACUAUCGUCCAUUCUCCAACUGGUCCAGCUUUCUUGACCUGUAGUGAUGACUUCCGAGCUAGGUUCUGGUACCGAAAGGCAAACAGUGACUGAAGUUGCUCCAGACUGACUCAUAUUGGGCUUCACUUGACCACCACUACAACCUACUGGAGUUUCUUAUUUUGUUGGCAGCUGAUGGGGCAAAACACCAAACUCCCAUCUUUUAUCUUCGAUCAACAUCAUUCUUACUUUCCAACAUGAUUUAGUUUUAUAUGUUUUCAUUCAUCUUAUUCCAACCUCUCCAACAUUGUUUUCACACCAUGGGUCCAAGGAGUAAAAUUUGUUGACCCCUUUCUUGUCAACUUCAGGAUAUUUGCUGACUUUCCCUGACUGAACUAAGAUGUUAACAUGUCCCUUAAUUUUCAUUGUUUUCAUUAUCAGUAGGUCCUAGGGGUAAAAUUUCCCCCUACUCCUCUUUUCAGUUUUGUUGAUCCCCACCUGUUAUGAGUUUCAGGAUAUUUGCUGACCUUACCCUGACUGAGAUACUAUGUUAACCUGACCCUCAAUUUUCAUUGUCCUCAAUAUCUGGGUUAACAUUGAUGUAUCUUUGUAACCCCCUUUUUUGAAGUCAGGAUCAACAUUGACCUACCUCUGUCUCUCUCCUCAGACCACCAUUGACCACCCAUUAACCACCUAAUUCUCUCUCUUUCCUAGCUGGUCAAAUAAGCCCAUCUUUCCAGAUGUCCAUGUUGCUUCAUUCACACCAUUUUUCAAACGGGUUCACACCACAUAAAUCCAAAAUACGAUUUCAUAUUAUAAAACAACAAAACACACAUUUUGAACUGGGCAACACCGCACUGCUGCAGCAUGGUCCUUAACAUGUCUGGUACUAUUAAAAAAAGAAGAAGAAAAAAAAAAAAGAACAGGGGUCUCUAUUUCCUUAGUAUUUUGUGACUUUG